CUACAAAAUCGAACCUAAUUGGAAUUUAUUUUAUUCUGCAAAUAUUAUAACAUGAACUUUACUUUCAAUCUUUUAUAUGUUCUUGCAUAUUGUUUGCGUUUUGUAGUUUCUUGCGCAUUCAAAUUUUCUAUAAAUGCAUAAAGAUCGGCAGUCUAGUAAUUAUUAAUGAGAAUGACGGAACGUAAAAUGUUUCUUGAAAAGUGGGAAAACAGAUUUAAGAAGGGAAAAGAGAAAUCGGUUUCUGCGUGUGAAAAGAAGGACACUGGAAAUACCCAAAAGGACAACCCCCCGCUGUCGUUGGUGCUACGGAGAACCGGCAAGCGCAGCGCAUUUUUCGGUUUUCUCAAUUCCGUUUCGAAAUUCAACGCGUGGUCUAACGUUGACCUUGCAGAUUUAAGGAAUUUCCCGUGUUACCCGUCGCAUUCGAAAUUUUCCAAAGAAAGCGUCGUUACUCGCCUACAGAAUAGACCAGAAUAGGUGUGCGCGUAUAUAUAGGAAACCGGAAUGGACCGAUCUUGCACAGUUUACCAUGAUUUCGGCAAGCAUCCGUUCGUUUUUCUUCGUCGUCGUUGUUGUUCUAACGUUUUGCAGCAAUGUUCACUGCAAUCCGUUUAAAAUCGGUAGAUCGGGUUCGUACGAGAAAGGCAUUGGCGCGAAUCGUUAUAACAUUACCAGGAUGGGCCAUUUUCCUGUAACGGAAGAUGAGUUGAACACGCAAAGGAUAGCCGGUGGAAGGUACGCGAGAAAAAAUCAAUUUCCUUUUAUGGCUGUGGUGCAGCGACUGAUGGGUGGAGGAAUGAUUGCACAGUGCGGUGGUACUAUUAUUUCUCAUAGAUGGGUACUGACCGCUGGCCAUUGUGUAGCAAACGAGCCGCGACAAUUCUUCGUAGUAUUCGGGGAUAUCGAUAAAUCGCGCGUCGGAUACAAUUUCUAUCAAGGACCUGGAAUUUCGAUGAUGACGAACGUAGGAGCCCUUCACCCUGAUUAUUCACCGACCAUAAACGAUGUUGGCCUGUUAUACAUGCCGCAGGAUAUUCCGUUCGGUGGUAAGUAAAUCGUGUACAGGGUGUCCCAAAAAUGUUGUAACACCUUGAAAGAGGUGGUUCGGGAGGUGAUUUGAAGCAACUUUUUCCUUAGC